GAUGUUGAUAGGUAAAUUAUUAUAGCUACCUAUUAUUAUUAAUUGUUAGUUAUACCUAAACUUGUAACGCCCCUUUUUUACGUUUAACGUUUCAACAGAGUUAGUUAAUCGGUUAUCAUGGUUGUUAGCAAAAAACGGUUAACAUGUGUUUACAGUUGUUGAACCUGUGUGUUGAACUUACAAACACUAACAGGCAAUUAGCGGGCCAAUACAAUUGAUGUUUAAUAAGAAAUGGUCAAACGAAGGUGUGUUAUAUUUCGUGGGCUAAGCUAUGUAGGCCAGUCGAUACUGAAAACAUUUUUUACGUCCAGGAUUGUAUCCUAACACAGUCGCGUUAUAUAAAAAGUCAGUGUUUUGAAAAGCGAAAUGUAAAUUAAAUAAGAAUGGUUCAACCGCUCAAAAGCUUUGUGGGAAGAGGGAACUCGGCGCCGAUAAGAUUGCGAUAUGUAUUCUUGCUUGCCAUAAUAUUUGGCGGCAGUUUCCUUUUACUCUUAAUUAACAGUGGUACUGAUAUUUUCUUCAUCAACAACGACAUCGGUAAUACGUGGAGAGUACACCGCUUCGAUAUUGUUAGCCCUGAUGAUACUUUUACGAUAAAAACAGAAGGAUGUACCAUCCCUGGUUUGAACCCUUUCAGUGAAGACAUCAAAAAAUUUAUUGAACGCCCCAAAAACAUAAAACCAUGUCACCAAUCAAAUAUAUCUUUACUCGAUAAUAAUGAAACUCACAUAUGGAUCAACAGAGAAAAUUUACAAUAUUACGAUGUACCACGAAAUCCGAAUAUAUCUUGCUGUUAUCAGUCAUUCUAUCGACCGCUAGCCAUCGUGGAUAUUUCUUCUAUGGACGUAGAUGAUAGAGUCAAAUACGAAGCCUGUGUUGAAUUUUCAAACUCUAUAGAAGUAAUGAAUGAAUUUGUGAGAGUGUCUUGUAUUUAUAAGGAGAGAAUACUUUAUGAACAGUUCUUUCUGUUCACGCCCAAAAAACCAUUUUUAUCAUUCAAGGAAGAUUUUCUGGAAACGCCACCAAAUCAAACUGCAUUUAACGUCAUUAUAGUGGGCAUCGAUGCUAUUUCAAGAUUAAACUUCUACAGAACAAUGCCUAAAACAUUGGCAUAUUUAAAAAAGAAGGGUGCCAUCGAAUUUUACGGUUAUAACAAAGUCGGAGACAACACAUUUCCCAAUUUGACCCCUAUUCUCCUCGGUAUGAAGGAUACGGACUUGAAGAGAACGUGCUGGCCGAAUAUGAGGGCGACAUUUGAUAACUGUCCUUUUAUUUGGGAUUUGUUUAAAGAUGUCGGAUACUAUACGGCACUCGGUGAAGACACGGCCACCUUAGGAACGUUUAAUUUUGAAAAGUUUGGUUUCAGUCGAACCCCUACGGACUACUACCUGCACACGUUCAUGCACGAAUCCGAACGUUACACCGGCAAUAACAGAGAUUUUAAUUCCUAUAUAUGUAUGGGAAAUAAAUAUUUCUACAGAGUUCUAUUAGAUUACAUUGGAAAUUUAGCUACGAGCCUUAGAACAUCUAAACUCUUUGGAUUCUUUUGGGAAGUGACAAUGAGCCAUGACUAUUUGAAUUAUCCGAUGGCGAUGGAUGAUAGUUACGAAAAGUUCUUAAAAAAACUCGAUUACACGCGUUACUUAGACGAUACGAUUUUGAUAAUAUUGAGCGACCAUGGCAUAAGAUGGGGUGACAUCCGAUUUACCAAACAGGGCAGACUGGAGGAGCGUUUACCGUUAAUGCAUAUACUUUUACCUAAUUCAUUUCGAGAGAACUAUUCGUUUGCGUACGAAAACAUGAAACUAAACAGUCACCGACUCACAACACCGUUUGAUUUGUACGCAACUUUAACAGACUUGAUAAAUGUCGAAAAAAUUAAAAAUGAAAACAUCAAAAGGCGAUCUGAAACCGGUUACGCGUACGACAGAAGUAUUAGCUUAUUUUUACCGAUUCCAAGCAAUCGCACAUGCAAGAUAGCUGAUAUCGAUGAUCACUGGUGCACGUGUCAUAAAGGGCAGAAAAUACCAAACAACAGCGUAGAGGCAUACGAAGCCGCGGGAAAUUUAAUGGGGCAUUUAAAUACGUUGAUACACACACACCCACAAUGUGCCCGGCUCUCACUUGUAGACAUAGUGGAAGUGACAGAAAUGUUAGCGGGGACGCCAAAUGAAAAAGAAAUUGGAUGGAGGGAAUUUUUGAUUGUAGUGCGAACAACUCCUGGCAAUGGAGUAUUUGAAGCAACUCUUCGCCACGAUGCCCGCGAAUGGUCUCUCGCUGGCUCCAUCAGCCGUUUGAACUUGUACGGCAAUCAGGGUCAUUGUAUUCAUCACUACCAACUCAAAUUGUACUGCUAUUGUCAGUAGCAGUAGUUGUAUAAGUAGUAUUAGAAGUCAAAUAUCUGUGAUAAUGUAAAAAAUACAUACACUUCCCUAUACCUGGUAGGGUAAGUAGGUAGGUAGGUACAUUAGGUCUACCUAUGUACUAAAGCUUUUUCAAAAUCAACGCAUAGUAAAACUCGAUUAAAAGUUUGCUCAAAACAAAAUAUGGCCUAUAUCAAUACUUAAUCUUAGUAUAGGUACAUUAUACAUUAAGUAUUGCUUGCACUUAAAUGUCGAUUCUGUUGCCUAAUGGGUACGUAGACAGGUAAAAAUUAAUUAAUUUCCUUAUGACUAGUAGUAGUAGCACAGUAGCUAGAGUGAAUGGUAACGAUACUUUAGAUACUUGAAUCAUUUAAAAAUUAUUUUAAUUUUAUGUUAACGUCCUCUUAACUGCGAUAUGUUUGUGGAACUUGAAAUAAGCUAAAGUUCAGUAUCAAACCCAUUUUUUGGAAACGCCACAUUAAAACUGACCUAUUGGUGGUACCUACACUUCAAAUAAUUACGUGUUAAGUAUAUUAAUUAUGCUUCAUUGAGGCUUAAAAUACGAGCAAUGUAAAAAAUAUAUAAAUAUACUUAUGUGUAUAGUCUUGUAGGCUAUUAAGUUAAACGAAAACAUGGUUGUUUAAAGUGUAGUCGCACACACUAACUUUAUUCACGUAGUUAAAUUAGAAUUAACAUAGGUACCUACUAAUAAAUAAAAUAAUCAGCUUCCACAUAGAUUCGUAAGUAAGAUUCGAGAUAUUUUUAUAGUUAUCUUUUUGUUGAAGUAGGAAAUUAAAGAUACUAACUAAACAUUAAUAAUAAUUACUUUAACUAUUAGGUCUAACGUUAACUCAGACGAUUCGACCUGCCGAAUCGAGUGUUCCAAAUCACCCGGUUGGUAAAUAGCUGCGCGCAAAGUACAUUUAGCUAUUUUAUUUAUAAGUUAGUAUGACAUAAUUACCCAAGGUAUGAGUUAUGACAUUAUACGAUCAUGGUUCGAUUCACCAUAUCUAAAUACUUUAGUAUAAUUUUCUUAUAAGCUAUCUACAGUGGUCUCUUCUGUUCUCUUCUCUCUCUCUGGGCCGGUUUCCGCCCUUAAACGCUCGUGUGUGUGCUGUGAGUGCGUUGCCCCUCCUCCCCGCCAAAGUCUUCACUCCAGCCAUCCAAGCUCUCUCUAGAAGCCA